AUGUCGCCGCACAACCCGGGCACGGAGCUCGACCUCAGCUGGAUCUCCAAAAUACAAGUGAACCAACCGGCGGUGCUGAGACGCGCUCAACAGAUCCAGGCUCGCAGGACGGUGAAGAAGGAGUGGCAGGCUGCUUGGCUCCUGAAAGCUGUUACCUUUAUAGAUCUUACUACACUUUCAGGCGAUGACACAUAUUCCAACAUUCAAAGGCUCUGUUACAAAGCCAAGUAUCCUAUCCGGAAAGAUCUCUUGGAAGCUUUAAAUAUGCACGACGAAGGCAUCACCACGGCUGCCGUUUGUGUCUACCCUGCCCGUGUGUGUGAUGCGGUGAAGGCGCUGCAGGCUGCCGGCUGUCAUAUUCCCGUGGCGUCAGUGGCCACUGGCUUUCCAGCUGGACAGACUCAUUUAAAAACACGAUUGGAAGAGAUCAAAUUGGCCGUGGAAGAUGGAGCUAUGGAGAUCGAUGUGGUAAUUAACAGGACCUUGGUGCUGACAGGCCAGUGGGAAGCCCUGUAUGAUGAGAUCCGUCAGUUUCGAAAGGCCUGUGGGGAGGCUCAUCUCAAAACCAUCUUAGCAACAGGAGAACUUGGAUCGCUCACUAAUGUCUAUAAAGCCAGCAUGAUAGCAAUGAUGGCAGGUUCAGAUUUUAUUAAGACUUCUACUGGAAAAGAAACAGUCAAUGCCACCUUCCCGGUAGCUAUAGUAAUGCUCCGGGCCAUUAGAGAUUUCUUCUGGAAAACUGGAAACAAGGUGGGCUUUAAGCCGGCAGGAGGCAUCCGCAGUGCAAAGGAUUCCCUUGCCUGGCUCUCCCUCAUAAAGGAGGAGCUAGGAGAUGAGUGGCUGAAGCCAGAGCUCUUUCGGAUCGGUGCCAGCGCUCUGCUUUCCGACAUUGAGAGGCAGAUUUAUCAUCACGUGACUGGAAGAUAUGCAGCUUACCAUGAUCUUCCAAUGUGUUAA